UAUAUAGAAUGGAUAGUAAAAGAAAUAUCAUCUAAAACAGAAAAAUAGUGCGGCAAAGGCGAAGAUGACGGGGAAGCAGAUAAGAGAUAUAUUACAAUGGUUAUUAUUCGUAAAUCUGUCACGAAAAAUUCAGGAUGAUAUAUUGAGACGGUUACAUUCAAUUGUAACAGGAAUUGGAAAUCUAAUGUUUCCUGAGACACUAAAUGGAAAGGGUUGGAUGUUAAAUCAACCGAUCAGAAUCGGAAUUAAAUUUAACAUACGCCCUAAAACUGUCAUGGAGAACCAACAGAACACAGUCGUUCGCUUGAACUGUGCGGUUUGCAGACAGCAAAGAAGACGGUGCGACGUCACGUGCCCAUACGCACCGUUUUUUCCCCCUCAUUGCUUUGCGGACUACCAAAAGGCUCGGAAGCUAUUCGGUACAAGCACGAUAAUGAGGAUGAUGGGCGAGGUUGGGGCGCCCGAGCUGAAGAGGGCAUUGGCCGACUCCCUGCUCGCCGAGGGCCGUGCGCGGGCGGAAGAUCCCGUCAUGGGCGGCUUCGGAAUAGUCCGUAUGCUGAGGUGGCAGAUCCAGUUCUACCAGACGCAUCUGGAACAAACAAGACGAGAGAUCGCAGCUCGGAAAGAGGCGAAUGCGAGGGAGAGAACUGGGAUGCCGCCUGAAUACAAAGGAGAUGGGCUUUCCACUGACAUUGAUUUGGAGGCAGGAAAUACAGAACUGAGAUUGUUCGAGCCGAGUUGGUUGGAACACGGACCAGAUCGAACAGCCGAGACGGCUCCUGCCGACGAUGUCUCUAAUCCACAAAGCCAUUGAAGACAAUUUGGAUGCAUGUUCCAUGCUGUUUUCUUAUAUAUAAUAUUGUAACUUUCUUUGGUUUUUCCCAUUUGUGUAUAUUUCUUUAUCCAUCGAUAAAUGUGAACAUCGAGAAGAAAAGAGCGUAAG